AUGGCACAGUUGAACCAGCGAGUAAAAGUUCGUGGACUCAAUGGUACUGUAAGAUUUAUAGGCGAAACCAAAUUUGCACCUGGAGUUUGGUGUGGUAUCGAGCUGGAUGAUGACCAGGGGAAGAACAAUGGGUCUGUUCAAGGUAUCAAGUACUUUGAAACCUUAAAGAAAGGUGGACUUUACGGUAUUUUUACCAGAUUGGAGGCACUAGGAGGCACUGAUAGGAGUGGGCAAGCUGAAGAAGCCAGCCCGACUGACGAUGGUGACUUAAGACUACAACAAUUGGUAGGUAAGUUGCAAAAGAAGGUUUACAGCAUGCACCUGAAAUCAGAAGAGCUCAAUGCCCAGAUUCAGUGCUCGAUUGGACUAGAAGCUGAACUGGAAGCGUGCAUUAUACAACGGGAGUCCCUGGUGUUGGAAAAUGGUCAAUUGCAGAUGGACCUCUCGACUCUCGAGGAAACGUACCAGAAACUGUUGGAUCGGACUCAUGAGCUCCAAGAAGAGGUUGACCUCCGAAGAAGUAUCGAUGAUGAGGAGUGUGAUAUCAAUGACUCGCCAGAUAUCUUGCUAAGGCGCAACAGGCUUCUAGAAGCAACUAUGAUCAAACUCCAAGCUGCUUUGCGGAGCUCCCAAGAGGUAGGAGAGAGUCUACAAGACGAAAAUCAAAAUCUGAAGGAGGAAAAUGAAAUGAUUGUGAAGAAAUUGGGAAAUAUCUCGCAAGAGCUGGAAAAUUGCCGUCGACUGAUGGAGAACUUUCAUUCACAGCUGGAAUCGGAGGUAAAAUACGGCCACAUUGUCGACAAGCUAACGCAGGAAAAUAGCGACCUUACUGCCCGAUUAGAAGAUGCAAUGGUGGUAGCCGAUCAACUAAGGAGUGAGACAUUGGUAGCAAAGGAUUUGCAGAGCAUCUAUGAUGACCUGGAGGAAGAAUUGUCAGAGCAACUGCGCAUUUUACGCGAGGAUGCUCUCCGAUCCCAACAAACGAUUGCCAAACUUAAGUCAGAAAAAGAGGCGCUUAUUGAAAAACUCGAAACCCAUGAUGAACCAUCAGCGAUAGAGGAACAAACGCAGCUGACCCAACGUUUAGACGGCUUGCAUCUCAAGUUGCAUAGAAACAGCCUAAGGAACAAAUUCUUGUCAGAAAGCUUUGGAAACGAGAGCUGUCAAAGUCCUUUACAGGUUGCCAGACAGCUUUCAUUUUUAUCCAAUACAAUGCGUGAGGAGGUAAAAGAGGAUUACGGGCGCUUGCUUCCCGCUGUACUGUACCUCAACUUCGGCUCACAUCAUCAAGCUUCUAUACACCGUUUAACGUCUAGCGGCCUCCUGAAGGUUUCCAAUUAUGUAAAGCCCGAGCUGACUAACCUUGAAGCAUGGAAGGAAAACAUAAUAGAGGGCCGCUUUCCUGAAGAGAUCUUGAAGUUCGGAAUGAAUAUUUGGGUCAACGACGAAUGCUCUAUAGUACAAAAAGAUGCCCUGUUGUUAUUCAACUUUCUCCACGAUGCUUCCAGUGAACUUCUGAAGGUCAACGAAAUAUGUGACAAAGUUCGCCGCGACCUAAUGUCAAUGAGUCAGAUAUGUAUCGAAAAAUCAAUUGUUACUAAACCGGGUGCUGUAAAGCUGAUUGAAAACAACGAGGUAAGGGCGAUUGUCACUGCAUUUUUCGACCAAGUGGUAAGCAAGUGGAAUGCCGGAAGCUAUCAGUCCAAAGGUUACGCGUCUAUUGACGUGUUUAAUUCAAAAUUGGUCGAACUUGUUGUGGAUGAAGUAUCAGUGGAUAAAAUGUGCCCCCCCGCUUCAGGUGGAAAAAAGGAAUCACUUUCAUCAAAGGGAGACGCCUCGUUUAACAAAGAAUUGGAUGCCUUGGAAAGGACCGAAUCCAUUCAACUUUCCAAAAUCGAAGAAUUGGAGCUAAAGCUUAAGGUCUACGAAAAUAAGAUUGAGCGACAGAAGCUACAAGAGCAAACGCUUCUCGAGCUUCGAAAAGAGUUAAACCUAACGAAGCUAAGAGAAAAAUCGCUACAAUCCUCCAUAUCGACCUUAGAAAGCAAGAACAGAAGUCUAUCACAAAUACUGGAAGAUGAACGAAUCAAGCAUAGCUUCUGGCUCCCCAGCAGCACAUUGCUCAGUUUGACGAGAGAGCUGGAAGGUACGAAUUACCUGAGCCUUGUUAGCCAUAUAAAUGAUUUGAAGGCAGUGAUCGUUAGGGACACAAAAUCUUCGGAUGUCUUGAAAGCAAAUCCCUGGCUACAACAGCCUAUACUCAUGGAUGAUUAUCCCUCUAACAGUGAGUUCUUUGCGAAUUUAAAUAGAACCCGAAGAAACCUUUUUCAUUCCUUGGAGGAAGCCGACAUUGCUGCCCUAGGUUUUGAAGCACAUUCCAGUAGCACUCUCAUUUACCACUGCAACAAGCUUAGAGAGCGGAAGGUUACAAGUAAAUACUUACUUGAGCGCCUGGUGACAUCUUAA